AUGAGGCUAUCUAGUAUAAUCAACUUCAAAGAUGCAAAGACUGUCUUAUUAAAUCUAAAGGAUGGAGCAAUGAUAAAACCCUUCCAGAUCAGUCGACAAGGUAUGCCUCUGUAUCAAGAACUUCGUCAGAAAUUGAAUACUUACUUGGAGAAUCCAAAUCAAGAAGAGAUUAAUCAGAUGUUCAAGCUGUGGGAUCUUAUUGAUAUUGUUCAGGAUCGUCAACUUGACCAGUCAAAUGUCUUGAUUCUUCUCUUACGUCUCUAUAACUUUCACUUGAUGCUGCCAUUCGAAAUCGAAGUUGAUGAAAACUUGUAUAAAGUAAUUGAUGAAUUUAACGAUAAUUUUAUUUCUAGAAUUUCGGUAAAGGAUUCAGACCUAAAAAAAUUCUUACUUCAUUAUUUUCGAUUCACUACAAUUUUGAACGUACGAGUAGUUAAACCAGAACCAGAAGUCCUAAACAAUAGUUCUAAAGCACAUGCUCUUUCUUCAAAAUCAACUACAAGAACAAAUGAAAGUCGUAAUCAUUCACUUAAGAAUAUCAUGGGUUGUUUGUAUCCAUCAACCAAUAAACCUGAAAAGUUUAAGAUGUCAGAAUCGACUUUUAGAUUCACUAAGAAACAAAUAUCAAGUACCGGAAGUUUAUUCACCCCUCAAUUUAGUCUGAUUGCUGAUUCUGAAGCUCGAAUUGAAUUAUUAUUCCACCUGAAUGUUUUAACUCCAGUCUCCAACUUGCUAUCAGCUAUAUAUGGCGAAAGAGUCUCUGUAAAUCCAAAAAUAAGAUUUGAGAAACAAAUCAACUCCGUACCAGUUCAUGUACUACCAGACUUCGCCGUAACUUUCCAACAAUUUAAUAUACCUAUUGAGAUAAAAAAAAAGAAAGUACUUCUGAACCUUGAAGAAUUUAAUGCUCGGGAUAUUAUGCAACCAAAAAAUUCUAACCUAAUUGAGAUGUUCUCUCAAUUAAUACGAGAAUCAAUCCUAGCUGGGUGUCCAUUUGUGUUGUUAUCUGAUUAUCAUUGUACACUUUUAAUUGAUUUAGAACAAUGCAACGUUGGAAAGUAUGUUGGUCUUAACUAUUGUAAAAUUCUACGUGAAGUUAAUUGCAGAAUCAUAUCAUUGAAUGAUGAUGAUGAUGGGAAUGGUGGUUAUACUUUAAAUACGAAAGUUAUAAUGUUCAUGAUGCAUGCAUGGGCUAAAAGAAAUAGAUGGAAACCUAUAAUGAAGAAGUUUGAAAAAAAGUUGUUAAUUCAACCGAAUAUUCGUUCUUCUCUCAUGGCCCUGUUUUAUGCAUCAAUCAACGAAUGCAACGACUUCUUGAGGAAGAAGAUGAAUAAAGGUGAAGAUGAUCCUGCCCAUACUGACUCAUCCUUUCUGUCUGACUCAUCAAUAAUACAAAAUCCUGAUCUUCAAGCAGAUGAUCAGGUAUUUCUGCAGUAUUAUAUAAGAUGUUUAAACAAUUUAUAUAAAAAACGGAAAUACAAUGGUAAAAGAAAGACGACCAAAUGGAAGGACUUCACUUUACAUGAUUUUCAAAAAGAAUACAAAUUGCUAGAAAUAGUUUCAGGUGACAGAAUAAAUAGCCGUGUUAGUAUUACAUUUAUUGUUGAAAGAAAUAAGGAUAAAAGGAAAUUCUUCCUUAAAAUAUUGGAUCCGGUUCGGUCCUCAAUAUUUACUACCAAAUCAAGUGUUUUAGAGGGUUCUUAUAAGAGAACCUUCGAUAUCUUUGUAAAUGAGGUGAGCUCAUAUUUAAGAUUGAAGAAUCUUAAAAAGGGCAUUCCUCAGUUGCAUUAUUUCGGUUUUUUUAAUAACUCGGGAAGUGUUAAUUUCACAGAAUUUUUAACACGUAAAGAUAGGAAAACUUUAAAUCCUAAUAUUAAUUUAGCGGGAUUUUACUUAGUCACAGAGUAUAUCAUUGGUGUCACACUAAAUAAAAUUUCACAACCAGAAAGAGAGAAGAUUUAUCCAAAAGCCAAAAAUAUUCUUAAUGAAAUCAAUAAGUAUGGAGUGUUUCAUCUCGAUCUUCAUGAAGAGAAUAUAAUUAUAAUGCAAUCCAAAAAGAAAGGUUCAAAAGAAUUGGUUCCUGUAUUUGUAGAUUUCGGAAAGACAAAAUUGGCUGAAGAAAGAAAAAGGUGGAAGGAGAGCGGUAGUAAAAUGUCAACAAUUGCAGAAGAUGAAGAUGAAGAUGAAGAUGAAGAUUAUGAAGAAGAAGAAGAUGAAGAUUAUGAAGAAGAAGAAGAUAAAGAUUAUGAAGGAGAUAAAGGUGAAGAUUAUGAAGAAGGUGAUAUUGAUAAAGAUAAAAAAUAUAAAAUGGAAACUCAUAAAGCUUUAAGACGUACUUUUGGUGUAGGAUUCAAUUAUCCAAAAGUGAAUGAAUUGAAAUCCAAACUAAUGCAUUCAGAAUUUGAUGAUUUUGGCAGAAAUAAAAAACCAAAAUUAUAG